UUAACAUUAGUGAACCGUGAAUCGGCAACUACAAAAACAAUAUGCUUGAACGCGCUAAGAACAAGGAGAUUGAUAAACUAGUGUUCAUUUUAUUCAAAGACUGGAGAAAAUAUACUUAGUGCAGUGUCUACAGGAAAAAGUUGUCCAAUUCAGCUACCUGAUGUGGACUGAAAUCCCAGUUUCCUACAAGAGAGGAUGAAUGGAAUACAAUUGCUGCUGAUUUUGAAACGAAAUGUAACUUCCCAAACUGCGUGGGAGCCGUUGACGGCAAACAUGUUAAUAUACUCCCCCCUGCUGGAAGUGGUUCUUAUUUCUAUAACUACAAAGGAGGACAUAGUGUAGUGCUCAUGUCUAUAGUCGACGCAAAUUAUGAGUUCAUUAUGGUUGAUUUUGGAGUAAAUGGUCGAAUAUCUGAUGGAGGUGUUAUUGACCACACUACAUUUUAUCAGAAACUAAAAAAUGGGAAUUUAUCUGUACCGCCUCAAAGAAAACCUAGAGGCAGUAAAGCUAUAAUGCCAUUCGUUUUCAUAGGUGAUGAAGCAUUUUCCUUGCGCUGCCACUUUUUAAAACCAUUUGGUCAGAAAGAACUUAAUAAUGACCGAAAAAUGUUUAAUUAUCGGCUUUCACGAGCAAGAUGUAGAGUUGAAAAUUCUUUUGGCAUACUGAGUGCGCGUUUUAGAAUAUUUCAAGGAGCGAUUUCCAUUAGUUUAGAAGGAAUUGAAAAAGCAGUCAUGGCCGCCUGUGUUUUACAUAAUUAUUUAAGACGAAAAUGUGGAACUGCAAAUGUACCAGAAGAUAACGUUUACAGUGAAAAUAUACAAGAUGGCACAAUAGAUUUAGGAUUAGAAAGCACCGGAAUGACAAGACUGCAGCGCGGUUACAAUCGAGGGAGUAACAAUGAAGCAAAACAAGUUAGACUACUGUUUACGAAUUACUUCUGUCAUGAGGGUGCUCUGAGCUGGCAAGAUAAAAUGACACAGUAAUAGUCACAACAGAUCCU